AACUGGAAAAAACAUCUGCCUGACAAUGAGCUGGGCAUUGUUGCAGAGUGGCGGCCGCGCAGGUAGAAACUGGUGCGGCCCUUGAAACGAAAAAAUGAUCCUGCCGCUCGCUUUUUUGAAUUUCACUCUCACCACGGUCUUGGGAAAUGAAACCACAAUUUAUUCUGAAGCUACUGGGACAACAGCACCAGCCCCAGCAGUAAAGAAGGGGCCUACAGUUUUCAUUUCGCGUGGCUUCGAGGAGAAAAACGUCCCGAAUUUCAAUGCCAAGGCCUACGAAAAAAAUAACAAACCGAAAUUGGACAAAAAACCCCAAGGGAAAAAAUUGCCAAACAAGAACGCUGGAAGUAGCACUGACAGCGACGAAGGAAGCAUUGAGAGUCAAAUUGUCGGCGGCCAAAAAGCAAGGUUGGGCCAAUUUCCUUGGCAAGCCAGAAUCAACCUGUACGACGCAAACGACCAGGAGUACAUGUGCGGAGGGUCUUUGAUCGAUCCUGAGUGGAUCUUGACGGCCGCCCAUUGCGUUUACGGAAUGGUGCGAUUCAACGUCAGUCUCGGCGUGGUCAAACUUUCCGGCUCCGUUUCCAGCAGAAUUAAUGUGGCGACCACCGAGAGUUACGUCCAUGAAAAUUAUUCUGACCAAACUCUGAACAACGACAUCGCACUUUUGAAACUACCAGUGCAAGUUGAACUUUCCAAGUUCGUCCAAGUUGUACGCCUUCCAGCCGCUGCUGACGCGACCAAAAAUUUUGCAAAACAAAAGUGCACCAUCUCUGGGUGGGGAAAAACCGGUGAUGAUAAAGGCACAAGCGACGAUUUGAAAUUUUUGAAGCGAAUGAUCGUUGAAAACACCGUCUGUGCCAGUCUCUAUGGGGAAGAAACUGUGAUAUCUUCGCUGCUCUGUAUCAAGAACGUUGACAAGCAGGCCACUUGUCAAGGUGACAGUGGUGGUCCUUUUGUCUGCAAAGAGAAGGACAAAAAAAGCACGCAAGUGGGUCUCGUCAGUUUUGGUUCGUCUACUUCGUGCAUAAAGAGUCCAAGCGGGUUCACCAGGGUUGCCAGUUAUUUGGGCUGGAUUUCAGAGAAAACAGGGCUGAAGAUCCGCUAACAAGACCAUUUUCCCAAUAUUUAAUUAUGAUCAAAAUUCAUUAAAAGAAUGUUAAA